GACAGCAGCCUCAGAAUCUGUCAGAGCUAUGCAUCUACCAGGUCCCCUGCACCUCCUCUGCCUGACGUGGUUCAUUUUACAGCCUGUGCAUUCGGGAACAGAGGACCACCUGUAUGAUGUGGUUCUGUUUGACUCUUGGAACAACAAUAAAUUGUUAAACCGUAAUACCAAGUGGUCAGAUGGCAGAUUUGCCCUGGAGAGCAAUUCAUCCCACUUGGUAUACCAGUGCUGCCCAUUGGACCCUAAACUCCAGAAGAAGUCCCAGGUUUUGUGGACCGGUCCAAUCUCAACUGGGGAUGCUCGCCACCUCUUCCUGGACCUGAAGUUUACUUUCUUGAGCUGCCUGUUCCCAGGCAACUGUAUGGAGGACUUCACUGUGUACUUCUUCCAGUCGGACAAUGAUAAUGCCAGACCCAGAAUUGACAAUUCCGUCAGGAUCCAUAUCAAGGGUGAGAAGCACUUCCCCAUGGAGUACCUGGAAGGGCCCAUUGACUGGAUGAAGCUGAGGAGAACUCUCAACACUGUCACAAGGGAGAGCCUGGGUCCUGUGAGCCGCUCAGUCUUUCAGCUGGGUUUUGAUUAUAUUGGCCCCUGCCUCCUCCUCAGCUCCUUCAGGGUGUACUACAAGAAAUGCCCGCUCAGCCUUCACAACCUGACCAUGUUUCCUCAGGCCACAGGCAGUGGCGAGCUAGUCCGUGGCCAGUGUGUCGAUAACUCGAUACAGAUGGGGUUACCGCAACGUCUCUGUGGCACGGACGGUGUCUGGGGACCCUCUGCUGGUCACUGCGUCUGCCGAGAGGGUUACCAAGCUAAAGACAAUGCCUGUGCAGCCUGUAAAAUAGGAUAUUACAAGGACACAGUAGGGAACGGAGUUUGCACAAAAUGCCCCAGCAACAGUCAUUCUGAUGCUGAGGCCUAUGUCUCUUGCCCGUGUUUGAGUGGUUACUACAGGACUGAGGCACACUCUCCUUCAGCUGCUUGCAUUGCCAAUGAGACUGAGAAUCAAAACCUCGUCACUAAAACUGUUGUACCAACUGUUGACAAUGGAGAUGUACAGCUUGGGGUCAUACUGGCAGCAUUUGGAGGUGCACCACUGGUGGUAGUGCUAUUCAUUGGCUUGUUUGUCAGUUGGAGAAUGAAAAUGAAGGACAAGUGUAAAACAGGAACAAAAUUGCAACUGGUGCCACUCAACACAGGAAGGUCCUACAGGAAGGAAACUGAAGAGGGCCGAUUGCAGCAUCUAGGUAUCAGUAACUCUCUGAAGCUGAACCUGAAGAAGGUGAUGAUUGAUAGGAGCUCUCUGUCCCUGGGUCAAAUCCUUGGUGAAGGUGAAUUUGGCUCAGUGUACCAGGGAAUACUCAUGCAAUCCACUGGCGUCAAUCAGAACGUUGCUGUGAAGACAAUGAAACAGGGACUCGAUUCAAAGCCAGAGCUGGAGUCCUUCCUAAGGGAAGCAGAAUUGAUGCAAGGCUUCGAACACCCAAACGUCCUCAGACUUAUAGGAGUAUCAUUUGAGGUUUGCUCUGCAGAACAAGUACCAAUGCCGAUGGUCAUCCUUCCUUUCAUGCCUCAUGGAGACCUCCGCAACUUUCUCCUCAACUCAAGGCACAGAGAAAAACCCGUGUACAUACCUCUGCAGAUCAUCCUGAAGUUCAUGAUUGACAUUGCCUCAGGGAUGGAGUAUUUGAGUAACCAAGGUUUUCUACACAGAGACCUGGCAGCUCGGAAUUGCAUGUUGUGUGACAGUAUGCGGGUGUGUGUCGCUGAUUUUGGGUUGGCUAAAAAGAUCUACAGCAGUAAUUACUAUCGGCAGAGGGCAGUCUCAAAGAUGCCCGUGAAAUGGAUGGCCGUUGAGAGCAUGGCAGAGUCGAUCUACACAACAAAAAGUGAUGUGUGGUCCUUUGGAGUGACAAUGUGGGAGAUUGUGACUCGGGGGAAGACACCUUAUCCUGGCAUACAAAACCAUGAGAUUUAUGACUAUCUACAUCAAGGGAACCGACUGAAGCAACCGCCUGAUUGUCUUGACAAACUGUACCACAUCAUGUUCAGCUGCUGGUUCCUGAACCCAGAGCAGCGACCAACAUUUGCUAAGCUCAGAUCACUUCUCCAGGAGCAUCUUUGCAUCUUGCCCAUCCUCAAGAACCAGAGUAAGGUCUACUACACAAACACCAGGGCACAAAGAGCAGCAGCCCAAACAAUGAACAGGGCCAAUGACGGGGACAAUGGCAUGAGAAACUUCUACGUAGGGGUGCUGGAUGAUGACAUAGACACUGGUUGCGACUCUGAGAGGACAUUAGAGACUUAGGGUGAAGGUUGGAUUAUCAAAUGAGAACACAAUAUUGAUUAGAUUGUGGAAGGAACAGGUUGGGCUGGCCUCAUGAGUUGUUGAGCAAAAUUAACAAUACUUGAUUUAAUCACGCGAACCUUCAGUGCAUCAAUCAGACAAAAUCCCUUCACAGUUACUUCUGGUGAAAUUCAUUCUCUGCGGUGUUUGUUGCUUUAACAUUAGAUAUCAGGAGAAUAGUUUUGUCAACAGUGAAAGCUUCUGGAUAGACUGGGGUUGAUUUCCUUGGAGCAGAGGGGAUGAGGAGGGUCAUGAUUGAGAUGUGUAAAAUAAUGAAGGGCACUGACAGGGUAAACAGGAAGAAACUUCUCCCCUUCAUGGAGGGAUCAGUGACAGGGGGCAUAGAUUUAAGGGAAGGGCAAGUAGUUUAGAGAGAGGAAGUGAGGAAGACAAUUUUCACCCAGAGGAUGGUGGGAAUCUGGAACUCAUUGCCUAUAAGGGUAGUAGAGGCAGAAACCCUCAUAAUAUUUAAGUAUUUAGAUGUGCACUUGCAACACCAAGGCAAUGAGCCAAGUGCUGGAAAAUUAGAUUAAAAUAGUUAAGUGUUUGUUCUUGAUCAGCACAGACUCAGUGGGCCCAAGGGUCUUUUCUUGUGCACCAGACCUCUGAUUCUGUCAGUGCUAUAUCUGAACGCACAUGAGAUCUUCUGGUAUGUUCAGUCUUGCAUGACUGACCCAUGCUAUCUGAAAAUGGGUGCUAGUAUUCGAUUCAGCAGGAAGUAGGCCCCAGUGAGCUUGCACCCAUGGCUUACACAUCUAUAAUAAUGGCAGCUUAUCUUCUCUCCUUCACAAUCCAUUCGUAAAAAGUACAUAACUUAAAAGCACAUUUUAAGAUCUCUCCCUUGAAUGAUACAGGGAGGUGUACGUGCUACUGUGGGAAGAGAUUUAAUGGAUGGGCAAGGUCCAUUAUAGUGUCAUGCAGACAGAUUGUGGGAAAAGAUUAAGUGGAUGUGUAGAAUGCAUGACAGAGUAAGGCUUCAGGAGGAGAUUAAGUAUGUCGACAGUGUCCAUGAUACAGUUUAAGUCCGACUUCCAGGCACAAGCACAUUACAACAGGAGGUGAUCUGAAGCCACAGUAUUGGUCGAAUUUACUCCCCUCCUGAGUCUGGGAAACCUGAGGCUAAUCUAGGGUCCAUUAUUGCUGCUUGAGCCAGGAUGGACUAAUUGAGUAGAAUCUGAGAGAGCCAUACUUAGCUUCUAUGUUCUUUAUUCCACUCUCACUCUAAUACCAUGCAGGUUCCCCUCUACCAUUCCUGGCAUAGAGAAGGUAUAAACUGCUGCCUGGUUAUAGUCAUACAGCACAAAAGCAGACCCUUCAGUCCAACUAGUCCAUUUUGGUUGCAUGUAUUACAUGGUUGAGGUGAGCUCUGGGUUAAAAAAACAGGAGAAAUCAAAAUGCUGCAAGUGCUGGAUGUGACAACAGAAAAUGCAAGAAACACUCAGCAGACCAGGCAGCAUUUGUAGAGAAAGGUAGAGUGAUUGUUUCAGCGUAAUGGCGUAAUUGUUCAGUUAUGAUGAAGUGCGCCACUGUAAUGCAUAUUCAUGUCACUAGGUGGUGGUGGCGUAGCAGGAAUGCACAGACCCUGACAAUCAUGGAAUUAUACCACUCUGAAGGGAGCUCACUCAACUACCCUACUCCUGCUCUGCAACUCGCCUUUUUGAUUACACAUCCAAUUCCCCACUUUCUUCUUCUGCCACUCUUUCAGCUAGUGCUUUUGUGAUCAUGACAUCACUAUAGUUUGCUGCAUUACGAACAAAUUUUCUUAAUUCCUCCAAAUCUCCACUCUGGUCCUGCCAAAGACAGUGAAAUUGUGAUAAAUCGCAGAGGUGGGGCCCACCACAGAUCUGUGUUAAGUAGGUCUUCAGGAUAGUUAAGGAGGUCCCCUACGCAAUCUAGUUUGCUCUAUGUUAAAAAAAAUGAAAACACAGUGACUGUAAAUAUGUGAAAGAUGUCUAUUUUUCAAAUUGUUCAUACUUUACAAUGUCCUGACCUUGUACAGUAAAGGGCAUUGAAAAAUGUUAAGAGUCUGUCCUGGAAAAAAUCAGUUUUCUUUUUCUGCUUAGUGUGCUGUGUCAGACAAGUGCAGUGCAGCCUGCUAUGUCAUCAACAUGAUUUUCAUGUUUCUUAAAUUUGUAUUCUCUGAUUACUAACCGCUGCCGCCAACAACUGGAAACAUUGUCUCCUUAUUUACUCUAUCAAAAGAAGCAUAGCAGCUGGAGUUUUAAAUUCAAUAAAUUUGGAAUAAAAAACUACUAUCACAUGGAAUUACCAGAUUAUAGUAAAAACCCAUCUGGUCCAUUGAUGUUCUUUAAGUAACAAAAUCCACUGUCUUUACCUGCUGUGGUCUACAUGUGACUUCAGACCCUUGGAAUAGGGUUGUCUCUCUUUACUUCCUUCUGAACUGGCCAAACAUCUCAUCCAGUUAUAUCAAACUUUUAUUAGGAUAGGUCUAAUAAAUAUUAAAAACCAGAUGUGCUGCUCACUUUGGUGUGGGACUGAACAACGAGUCCAACAGUACACUGGGUAUACUUUAACCACACAGGCUGCAGUGGUUCAAAAAGAUGCCUCAUCACCACCUUCUCAAGGGGCAAUAAGGGAUGGACAUUGAAUGCUGACUUUGCCAGUGAUGCCAACA